AAAAAAGGAAAAUAAACUUCUUCUAAUAAAGUAGUUUUAAUCAGGAUACUCCUAUAAAACAGCGAUUCUUGCCAUUUUGACUCUUCCUUGCAACUGAAACUCUCCUGUUUAUCUCUGGUCUUUCGCUCUUUACUCUCCAACAAGCUUUUAAUUUGCUUUGAAAAUAUCGUUUCUUUUACAUAUUCCUCUCUAUUUUUAAAAAACCCAUCUUUGAUGAUACAGUUUUGGAGAUGAAUCCAGCGAGUCCCUUCCCAGUGAAAUACACAGAACACAGAACUGUUACUAACAAGCUAGUGAAGCCAUCCAGCAAGUGGUUUCCAAUGGAGUCCAAAGCCAAAGCCCCUAAAGUUGUCAGGGUUUGUAUCACCGAUGGAGACGCCACCGAUUCUUCAAGCGACGAAUGUGAUCGGGUGAGAUACCAGAGAGUGAAAAGGCAUGUGAACGAAAUCAGGAUCCAAGAUUGUUCCACUGCCAAUUUCUCCAAGCCACCCAACAAGCAAAACAGGCAAGUAAGUAAUAAAAGCAACCAUGUGAAUAUCCGAUCAAAGAAGCAGCAACAACAACAGCAACAAUGUUUGUCCAACGGUGUGAAGUAUCGCGGGGUUCGACAAAGGCCGUGGGGGAGAUGGGCGGCUGAGAUCAGAGACCCCACAAGUCGAACCAGGGUCUGGCUUGGGACUUAUGACACGGCGGAAGAAGCGGCCUUGGUGUACGACCGAGCCGCGAUUCGAAUCAAAGGCCCGGAUGCUCUCACAAAUUUUUCGAAACCUCCUGUGAGGCCUCCGCCGGAGAUUGAACUCGAAAUGAUUUCCGGGUAUGAUUCGGGUCAAGAAUCUCAGUCUCUCUGUUCACCUACAUCUGUUCUCACGUUCCAGUCCAAUGAAGAAGCUGAACUUCAAACCGAAUCCAACGAUGACUCUUUAGACGACAUGGAAAGAGGGUGGAGACCUGUUGAAGAACUGACAGGCGAACCAAAAGACAGCAAUUUGGAACUUGAUAUCUCUGUAAAAUUAGACGUUGAUUUUGGGUCUUCCACAUGGGAUGUAGAUAACUACUAUUAAUAUCAGUUUAAUAUCACUUCCCUGGAGUUGCUGCUUGUUCCCACUUCCCAUUUGCUGGUAAAUACUUUACCCUUCGUAAUUUACUUCAAUGUCAUGGUAAAUUUCCGAGUGGAAUUUUGGUCACAUAUUUUCCAGUUUUCUUUCAGUACUUUUUUACUAGAGUGUGUUAACAAAUGCCAAGUUAAUAUGUAAAUUCUUGCUUCUUUUCCGUGUAUGGCUUUUCCUUUCUUUUGAAUUGAAUUGGUUCGGUGUGCGUUUCA